UGGGGGAUAAAGGAACCUGGGGACGCCAGCCGUGAACUGGGACUGAAAGCCCAGCUGAGCUGGACAAAGCAAAGCCUUUUCAGGAGAUGGAAAGAACUGAAAAGGCCUGAACUUCGCCUCCAGCAAUAGAGAGAAGGCCAAUGUGGGGACCAAGCCCCGGUGAGGAGAGUGGGGUAACCAGUCGGCAGCAGGCCAAGGAUACUCCCCUCAUCCUGUGCAUCCUUGUCCCUCUGGGCAGGCCGCAGGGAGCUGAGCACGGGGCCUGGCUGCCCUUCUGCCCUGCUUCCCCCAGAGCGAAGAGCCCGGGUGCGUGCCGAGUGACAUGGUCUGAUUUACGGUUUUGGAAGCGUGGCGCUGUGGCUGCGGCAAGGCACGGGGAGUGGAGGGGUGCUGAGGAAGGAGAGGCGGCAGGGGUGAGACUGCUGCAGUGGUCAGGCAGGAGAUGGGCACCUUUCCGAAGUUUCACACACACACACACACACACACACACACACACACACACACACACACACACUGCCCCCCUCCUUUCCAGCCACGGAGUGGGGUGGAGCAGUUCUACUAGCCGCCUGAAUCCCCGAUAUGGCUUCGCCCAGGGUCAGGUCUUGGAGAAGCUUCUGGUCAAGUACAAAUCCUGUAGCCCUGCCCCCCAGGCAUUCCCCCAUAGCGCAGGCAGCUUGAAGGGGCCAGGCAUGGAAAUGGGGUGUGGGUAGAAGGCGUCCUCUUGUCUGAGAAUGGGGCCGCCUCCUCCGGGAGGGCGGGUGAGUGAUGCCAGUCACAGGGUAAUGACAACCUUAGCAAGACCCCUAAGGGAUAGCUACGGGAGGAGAAGGAAAUGGGGGGCAUAUACCAACACCCUCCCCAACAGGGGUCCUGGACAGAGACCCCAGGGACUCCCUGGGGAGCCCACUCCAUCCUGUCCAUGACUGUGGGUUCUUUGGGCCACUGGUGCAAGCAAAUGCCAAACAGACAAAUUUGAGCUCUGGAAAGUGGGAAAAGGAGGGGGUGUGGGGAGAUGCAAGGCGGGAUCCAGGCUCUGGAACGCUGGAGGUUUCCGGCCACAGAGGCAGGGCCUGGGGGAGCCAAGAGAGGCGGGAAGAGACUCAGCAGAGACCAGCCCAGGGACAGACAGAGGGGCAGUCAGGGAGCAGGGAGGGUCCAGAGACAAGCAGGGAACUGGAAUCAGCCAGAUCACCAGAUCGGAUGCACCCAGGCCAGGCCCUGGAAACGCCUCCCAACUCAUAAACAUCGCCUCCUGCAGCCCUGGGUUCUGCGACCCCUAGCCAGAUGAACACAGCCCGGUUCCUCGCGACCCUGGUGUUCCCCCAGCUCUUGGGUUUCAGCUGGGUUGUCUGGGGAGUCCAGAGGGAGUGGGAGGGGGCCUGGGGUGGCGCCCAGGAGGAGGAGCAGGAGAGGGAAGCCCUGAUGCUGAAGCACUUACAGGAGGCCCUUGGGCUGGCCAUUGGAAAGGAGGAGGAAAAUUCCCCAGGAACCUCAGAGAGCAAAGCGGCCUGGGAGAACCAGGACGGCCACGGAGAGCCUGAGGAGGAUGCAGCUCCAACCUCUUCUUCCAGUCCCAGUCCCUCUCCCACCCCCGAGGACGCCAUCACUUAUAUCCUGGGGCGCUUGACCGGCCUAGACACAGGCCUGCACCAGCUGCACGUCCGUCUGCACACGUUGGACACUCGCAUGGUCGAGCUGACCCGGGGGCUGCGGCAGCUGCGGGAGUCGGCGGGUGACAUCCGCGACGCAGUACAAAGCCUGCAGGAGGCGCAGAGCCGCGCUGAGCGCGAACACGGCCGCCUGGAGGGCUGCCUGAAGGGACUGCGCCUGGGUCACAAGUGUUUCUUGCUCUCGCGCGACUUCGAAGCGCAGGCGGCGGCGCAGGCGCGGUGCGUGGCGCGCGGCGGGAGUCUGGCGCAGCCUGCCGACCGCUCGCAGAUGGAGGCGCUGGCCCGCUACCUGCGCGCGGCGCUCGCGCCCUACAACUGGCCGGUGUGGCUCGGCGUGCACGACCGGCGCGCCGAGGGCCUCUACCUCUUCGAGAACGGACAGCGUGUGUCCUUCUUCGCCUGGCAUCGCGCGCAGCACCCCGAGUCCGACGCCGGGCCCAGCGCCACGCUGCACCCGCUCAGCCCCAACCAGCCCAACGGCGGCGAGCUGGAGAACUGCGUGGCGCAGGCCUCGGACGACGGCUCGUGGUGGGACCACGACUGCGAUCGGCGCCUCUACUACGUCUGCGAGUUCCCCUUCUAGCCGCGCCCCCUCGCCCUGUCCUGUGCGGCCUGGAAACCCCCACCCCGGCCCCCCACCCCACCCCACCCCUUGCUUCCUUGCACCUAGCAAGGCUGAUACCAAUAAAAACCUUUGUGGAACCCGUCUUGAGC